GCUCAUCAAACAACCGAGAGCGGAAAACACGGAAAUAAAGCAGCGGCCGCGGGAUGGCAACCCCCGAACAACCUGCAGCAGUUGGUAGGAGGAGGCACAGCAUGGAUAUUCCUCCCUCAGUGAGGCUGGUCCUGGUGGGGAAGACCGGAGCUGGGAAGAGCUCCAGUGGAAACACCAUACUGGGAAGAGAUGCUUUCCGAGCAGCUGUCAGUCACUCCUCAGUGACCAGGGAGUGCUCCAAGCAGAAAGGGGAGGUGUUUGGCAGGAAGGUGAGCAUCGUCGAUACUCCGGGUCUCUUUGACACCUCCCUCCCCGAUGAGACGGUGAAGAGGGAGAUCUCCAAAUGCAUCAACAUGUCGGCCCCGGGGCCCCACGCCAUCCUGCUGGUCUUGCAGGCGGGGCCCUUCACCAAGGAGGAACGAGACGCCAUCAGAAAGGUGGAGGAGAUCUUUGGGAGCGACGCCCGGAGGUACACCAUGGUCCUCUUCACCCAUGGCGACAGAAUGGGGCCUGACAUCGAACAGAAGCUGGCGGGAGCGGGAAGUGAACUCCACACCGUCCUGAGGAUGAUGGGAAAUCGUUAUCACGUCUUCAACAACACCAAAAGCAACGACCGAGGCCAAGUGCUGGAGCUGCUGGAGAAGGUGGAUGAGAUGGUCGCAGCCAACGGAGGGCAGUCCUACUCCAACUACACCUACAUGGACGUGGUCAAGAAGCUGGACCAGAGGGAGGAGGAGCUCAGAGCUCUCUACCAGACAAAACUACAGGAGGAAAUCCAAACUGUGACACAGAAGUACGAGGCGGAGCUGAGGGCGUCGCAGCGGGAGCGCCGGGCGGUGGAGGAACGACUGCGUUCAGAGCUGCAGGAGCUGAAGAGAUACUACCAGGCCUUACAGAGCGUCGUCCGCCAUGUUGUGGAGCAGGCCGUCGGAGACGACUCUGACGAAAUCCUCAAGAAGUUUCAUGAGACUCUGAAGCUGAACUGAGCAAGAGAGAUGAACUACAGCUCAUCAUAAAACUUUACUGACCAUCACAAGAUGACAGAACAUUGUCUUUGACGUGACUCAUAAAAAGACAAAAAGACAGAGGCCAUGUCUUAUCGUCUUGAUUUCACAUUUGCAAGGUAUUAUUAUGUAAUUUUCUCUAAAUCAUGUCAUCCGCAACCUGACGUUUUCUGAAAGAAAUGCCAUAAAUAUAAAGGCAAAUAUACCAACUGCACCUUUAUUUCCACCUCACUUUGUUGUGAAGCACAACAGCUUUUAGAGAAAGAUGCAGAAAUAAAUAUGAUGAAGAUGAUGAUCUGGAAGCCUUCAGAUAUAUUGUGUUUAUGAAAUAGUGUACUGUAGAUAAAUAAUUUCACAUGAUCACUCCGGCCUGGAUGCACCAAAUGUGGCACCACUUAGAGACGAGUAAUCUGAAGAGUAAAAUAAUCUGAGUGGACACGCAGCACAACCUGAAACUCGUUCUUCAGACUCCUUUUGUGUGAAGAUGUAAAUAUGUGAAGUCCAGAGUUUGUAAUCCAGUUUGAACCCUGUCAGACUCAGAUUAGUAAAUUAUUCCAGAAAUUUGCCAAAUUGCAUGUUAGCCUAUAAGCGGGAACUUAAAUGUAGUUGAAAACAAACCAUCUUGCAACAUAAUCCUGGUUAAAACAACCAGAUUUAA